AAAGAAUCAAUGACGAAACAUCACGAGAACUCCUGAAAAUACCUGACAAUGUCUAUCAAAAAGAAUCAGGAGAUGCCCUUAAAGGGGGUCGAAGAGGAGCCAGUGCAACUGGACGAGGUUCUGAGUAAACUGGGAGCGUUCGGCAAACACCAGCUGAUCACGAUGUGCAUGCUGGCUCUUGUGUACGCAACCAACUCGAUAUACAAUGUGAACUAUGUGUUCGCCGUCGAAGAUGUUAACUACAGAUGCAAGGUACCCGAAUGUGAAUCGAUUGUCACCUCGUUCGCCGCCCCCUGGCAUAACUUAACAUCUCUAGGCCUAGAAAGCGAGGGCAUAAAGCAGUGCUACCGGCACCCACCCCUCAACCGCCAAUGUCUCGCCUUCAACUCUAGUCUGACGACGCCGUGCACGGAGUGGGUCUAUGAUGUACCAAACAGCUUUGUGGCCGAGUUCGGGUUGGCGUGUAACGACUGGAAAGCAACACUAGUGGGUACGAUCCACUGCUUCGGGAGUAUGGUGGGGCAACUACUGCAGGGACAAAUAUCCGACAGAUUCGGUCGAAAAACUGCGGCGGUAUUCGCGGGAACGAUGGGAGCUGUGCUCGGUCUGGCCAAAAGCUUCUCCAAUUCUUUUUGGCUGUACAUUGUCCUCGAAGGACUCGAGGCGGCCAUCGGUGACGCCCUCUCUCCUAUGUUUAUGUUAAGUAUAGAAAUCGUUGAAAAAAAACGCGCCGUACUGUACCAGAUGAUUUUACUAAACUUCUACACGGGAGGUCAAAUUAUAAUGCCACUCAUUGCUUGGGCGGUGCCCUACUGGCGCAACUUCCUCAGGGUUAUCUACGCUCCGACGCUCAUUAUAUUGACCUACUCCUUCUUUCUCGACGAAAGUAUUCGCUGGCUCUUCAGCAAAGGGAAAAAAGAGCAAGGCAUUAAGUUAAUAGAAAAGAUUGCAAAAAGAAAUAAUGUUAAAAUCGACAAGAGUCUAUUGAAUAGGUUGGACUACAGCGACGAGGAGACCUCGAACAAGUUGAAUGACAGGAAAUUGUUAAUGAAGACCUUUAGAUCCAAGAUAAUGAUGCGGAGAUUUCUCGUGUGUAUGGUAUGGUGGUUCACGAUCACUUUGAUCAACUACGGUAUGAUGAUCAGCUCGGUCCUGAUCAACGGAAACAAAUAUCUCAACUUCGCGUUGCUCAUUAUGAUGGACAUACCUGCGAACAUCUUCUACUGGCUGGCUUUAGCGAAAUACAAGAGAAAGCUACCAUUGAUCGCGUCCUUCAUCGUCGGUGGAGUGUUUUGUGUGUCGCAGCCUUUUAUACCAAAAGGCUACGCUUGGUUGGGCCUGGCGCUGUUCAUGGCGUUUGAGAUGCUGGCGACGUUCUCCUACAACAUUGUUUACAUGUACACGUCGGAGCUCUUCCCCACUUACACGCGGAACUCAAUGCAUUCCAUUUGCUCGGCGACGGGCCGCAUCGGAUCGCUCCUGGCGCCACAGACACCAUUACUGAUGGCGUACUGGUCCGGAUUACCAGCUUUAAUAUUCGGAUUAACGUCACUAGUUUCCGGGGCUCUAACUCUCUUCAUGCCUGAAACAGCGCGGACACAGUUACCCGACACCAUUCGGGAAGCAGAAACCAUCGGCAAAACUAAACACAAACACGACCCCGCCACGGAGACAUUGAAGGGAACUUAAAAUAACAACUAUCUAAACGUAACACGAUUGGAACGAAAAUACGACGAAGGUAUAAAACGAAACGUUAAGUAUUAUUUUACGAUAUUAAAAACAUAACCAUAAAUAUGUUUUAUCGCAUUGUAACGUCGAGAAAUAACCUAUUCUGAAGUUCGAAUUAUUAAUAAACCCGUCACCGGAGUUUUUAUUGGCCCGUCUCUAAUAUUGUGAGACUGAAUUGUAUAAACUUAUAAAAAACAUCACAGGACGAAGAGAGAGGACAAGUUGUUAUCGAAAGUAU